GUCGCAUCUCCUCUUUGUGUUAUUUUCUCUCUGAUUUUUCUGCUACACGCGAGCGCAUUUUGGUUGUUUUAUUUGAACACACUCACUACCGGGAUAAAGACUUAAACUCAUCACCAUCAGGCUGGAGUUUAUUUUAAAGUGUAAAAACAUAGCGAUGAGAUGGAGACUGAAGCUGAGCCACGUGAGCUGCAGAGAUCACCGAGCACCUUAUCCAUCAACACCGGAUCCAAGCAGUUGUUGAAUUUAAAGCGUUCCUUGGCGUUUAUGCGCAGUAAGAGUGUGGAGAAUUUCUUCCAGCGCUCCAACAGUGAUGCCCGUCUGCCUUCUGACAUAACUGACGAUGCCCUGCCACCAUCUCCGCCUCUCCUUCCAGGCUCAUCAUUGCCCAGCGAUAGCCCCAAACCCCCUUUAAGCCCCUCCCAGCUGGUGCAACAGAAGCCCCGCCCUGCACAAACACACUGCUUCCUGGAUCACGUGUUCCGUCGACCAACCAGCUGUCAGCUCUGUAAACACGUCAUCGUGGGGAAUUCUAAACAGGGUCUACGCUGUAGAACGUGUAAAAUCUCGGCUCAUCUCUGGUGCACUGCAGAACUCUCACAGCAACCAUGUCAAGGAAAAGCUGGUAUGUUUAAGAGAAACUUCAGCACUCCUUCAAUCACCUGUGACCAGUCAAGUGAGGCUCAAACUACACCAGAGGCGAAGGUUCGAGUGGACCCAGUCUAUGCUACACUACGCUAUGGGACGUCUUUGGCCCAGAUGAGCCGGUCUAGUUUUGGGAGUGUGUGUGAGUCUCCAACACGCAGCCUGGGUGAUGGGGGAGACGAGAAGGAUGAGGUGGAGAUGGACAUGGACGAAGGAUCCAAUAAUGACACAGAGAGAGAGAGUGGUCUGUCCAAUCCAGAGAGCUCGAAGACUGAAGCGGAGGAUGUGAUAAAGGUUCCCAGGUUUCACCCAAUCCACACAUAUGUGGCUCUCUACAGGUUUCUGCCACAAGAGCAGAACGAUCUGGAGUUACAUCCUGGAGACAGAGUGCAGGUCACCGAUGACGCUAAUGAAGACUGGUGGAAGGGGAAGAGUGGAGACAGGGUGGGUUUCUUUCCCGCUAAUUUUGUACAGAGAGUGCGUCCAGGUGAGAGAGUGUGGAGGGUCACUCAGGGUGUCCAUGGCAACCGACAGAUGGGUCACAUGACUGUUAAGGAAGAUCAGAUCUGUGUGGGGAAAAAGGAGGACAGCGACGGAUACGUGAAGCUGUGCAGCGGGAAGAAGCGAGGCCUGGUGCCCACACACUCUCUGGAGGAAAUUUAACACACGUCACACACUCCAUACGACCCGAUUUUUAAAACCCUCACACUAAAAAUACUGCAGUCUGAAACGUGGGGGAGUUCUGAGAGGAAGAGAGA